GUUACCACGGGCGACAACUGGCGCUUCCCCGCUGAGCCCCCAAAUUGACCGCCGUCUCAUCCAACCUUCGAGGUUCAGCCCUUUAUCCUACAGUAUACUUGACCUCCUGCAACCUUUGCGAUUAAUACCGCGCGUCCUGCGUCCUCCUCCCACCAAUACCCCACGUACCAAACCUUUUUCGAGUUUAGCAUAACAGCGCGAUCCGGUCGAAACGGUACCUUGUUUCCAACCAUGGAGCCCGAUCUUUCGCACAGCAUCUCGCAUCACCCGCACGCCUUCAGAACGCAAUCUCAGUCGGCCAGCUCGAUUCAUCGACACCACCACCACCAUCAUCAGCAGCAUCAGAUGGGCGGGUCUGGAGCAGCAGCCAGUAGUACUGGAGUUGAAGCUACGGAUGGAGACGACCACGGCGUAACCAGGCACCGCGACGUCGAGGUAGAGAGCCAGCGAACCGGUCGCCUCCCGCUCGUCGGCGUCGAGCACGAUCCCUACGGACUAUCGCAGCGAUACAAGACCCCGUCGGAGCUAGCGGCCAUCAAGGCAAACACGUCUAGGAAGCGCGAUGCCGCCCGGCCCGACUCGGACUCCGCGGGCGUUGCCAGCACGGGCACGGGUGGGGCUUCAGGGUCCGGGUCCGGCUCCAAGGGGCACGGAUCCGGGUCAAAGUGGAGACCGUCCAUCGGCCGCUCCGCUUUGCAAGCCCGCCGCGUCCGGGGCUUCUACGAGGCCCAGAACGAGACCAUCGAGCGCAUGCUCAAGACCGUAGAAGAGCAUGUUGCCGAGGCGCGCCAGGAGCAGGGCGACGACCACCUCAAGUAUCAGAUCGCGGUCUGGGGCUCUCUGGUCGCCAACCUCAUCUUGACCGUGCUCCAGGUCUACGCGGCCAUCUCUUCGGGUUCGCUCUCGCUCUUCACCACCAUGGCCGACGCCAUCUUCGACCCGCUCAGCAACGUGACUUUGAUCUUUUCCAACCGGGCCGUGAACCGGGUCGACCCAAACCGUUUCCCCUCGGGCAAAGCCCGCCUGGAGACGGUCGGCAACAUCACUUUCUGCUUCAUCAUGUCGGCCGUCUCGGUCGUGCUCAUCGCUUUCAGCGCGCAGGAGCUGGGGCAGCACCACAAGGGGGACGGCACCAAGGAUUUCCAUCUGCCCAGUGUCAUCGCCGUGUGCGUCGCCUUCGCCACCAAGUUCUCGCUCUUUCUCUAUACCUGGUCGCUGAAGGACAAGUACAGUCAAGUGCGCAUCCUCUGGCAGGACCACCGCAACGACCUGCUCGUCAACGGCUUCGGUAUUCUCACCUCGGUCGGCGGCGCCAAGCUGGUGUGGUGGCUCGACCCGGCGGGCGCCAUCUUGUUGAGCGUCAUCAUUUCGGUCAUCUGGCUGCGCACCGCGUUUACCGAGUUUUUGCUGUUGGUGGGCGUGACGGCCAGCGUGGAGAUCCAGCAGCUGAUUACCUAUGUUUGCGUCACGCACUCGCCUUUGAUUAAACAGAUCGAUACCGUGAGGGCCUACCACUCGGGCCCGAGGCUGAUUGCGGAGGUGGACGUGGUGAUGGACCCGGACGCGAGCCUGAGGGAGACGCAUGAUGUGGCGGAGGAGUUACAGAUGAAGCUGGAGAGCUUGCCGGAUGUGGAGAGGGCGUAUGUCCAUGUUGACUACGAGACUACGCAUAAGCCGGAGCAUGCUUACAAGAAGGAUUUGUAGGUCUUUUGGUUUGUAUGUAUGAAGGUGAGCCUAGGCACAGCUGUUUAUGGAGAUGAAGAGCGUGACGAUGAGCACGUUGGGCUACUUGAACGAUUAUUGGCAUUUAUUAUCUGAUGUAUAAUGGAUUAUUGUGU